UUUCACACGGAUCAUUUGACAAGGGGGAAAAACUAUUAUUGCAUGUCAUUCAUGACAUAGCAGAUUUUCUUCAUUGAUCGAAGAAUGAGUGCUUGGCUAAAAUUGACCAGUCAUUCAACAUGAGCCAAACAGUGAACAAGUUGGUGAGGCAGCUCUUAAAAGGCAACAGUGCCUUACUGCAAGGUCAAAACAUUGUGAACACUUUUAAAGGUUGCAGCAAACAUGCCCGAGUUAUCCAUUCAACACAAGUGUACAACAACUCAUCGGACGGGAGGAGUGGUGGUUCAGUGCAUAUGCCACAAAUACAGCUUCCUGAUUAUCUAGGAGAAGAGGAAAAGACAUUUCGGGGACUGGAUGUGGCAUUUCCAUGCGAGCUUAGACGGGAUUCCACAGGUCCGGAGCCAGAAUACCAGAAGACUGAGUCUGGAUUCAAUAAUUUCCACUCUACUCGGCCAUUUUAUCUGAAACACAAUGAGGGAGUUCUUCCUGAGUUGAACAUUGCGUAUGAAACCUGGGGCGAACUGAAUAAAAAUAAAGACAAUGCUAUUAUUAUCAAUGCCGGACUAUCAGCAAGUUCUCAUGCAAAAAGCCACGAGAACAAUACAGCGCCAGGUUGGUGGGAGAAGUUUGUUGGUCCAGGAUGUGCCGUAGAUACUGAUAAAUUCUUUGUGAUUUGUGCCAAUAACUUAGGAGGUUGCUAUGGGACAACGGGUCCAUCAUCCAUCAAUCCUUUAACUGACAAAGAGUAUGGCACCACAUUUCCCAUCAUAUCAGUUGAAGAUAUGGUAAAAGCACAGUUUUUGUUACUUGACAAUCUGGGAAUUACAAAGUUAUAUGCAGCUGUAGGGUCAUCGUUAGGUGGGAUGUCAACUUUAAUGGCUGCCGCUCUCAAUCCAGAUAGAGUUGGAAGAGUGAUAUCAAUUUCCGCCUGUGUGCAUUCCCACCCAUCGUCCAUUGCAAUGAGGUAUUUACAAAGACGCUGUAUUAUGAGUGAUCCUAAUUGGAACAAAGGUCAUUACUACGGCAAAGCAUAUCCUAAGAUGGGAAUGAAACUCGCACGAGAGAUAGCCACCAUCAGCUACAGGAGUGGGCCUGAAUGGGAACAUAGAUUUGGUAGAAAAAAACUGAAUGGUGGAGAGUCACCCAGUUUGUGUCCUCAUUUCCUCAUUGAAAGCUAUUUAGAUUAUCAAGGAGAAAGUUUUGCAGUUAAAUAUGAUCCUAACUCCUUGUUGUACAUCUCAAAGGCAAUGGAUAUGUUUGAUAUGGGUGAUGGAUUCCCAUCGUUGUUGGACGGUGUUUCUAGAAUAAAAUGUCCAGUGAUGGUACUUGGCGUUCAGACCGAUAUAUUAUUUCCUGUUUGGCAGCAAAGAGAGAUAGGUGACCUAUUACGACAGUCAGGAAACGAGGCUGUGACUUACUAUGAAAUCAACUCCAUAUAUGGGCAUGAUACCUUCCUAUUAGAUCUUAGCAAUGUUGGUGCAGCUGUGAAGGGACAUUUGGAAACUGAUCUGAAAGAGAAAGGACUUGUGAGAAAGAAAAGGAAACAGGAAUCCAAGGGCAUUUGGGUAGAAUGGAAAUCCAAGGAACAUGACCAGACUUAUUAUCUGAAAGGCCCUUUAAGUCCCCCUGUGGAAAGACCAAAAAUGAGCGAUGCGGAAAUAAAAGCUUUAGAAGAUGAAGCUAGGGAGCAGGAAGCCUUUCAGCAAUGGAAAGAAAGCAUCUAUAUGUUAAAUGAACACAGUGAAGAACCACUCACACCAGCGCAGGUACAAGAACAGGAAAAGGCAUGGCGACAAUGGAAAGAACAGGAUGAUUUCUACCUGCUUAAAGGGCCCAGGAACUGAUCAUCAUACAGUUAAGGGGCAUUUGAAUGUUGCUAGAGAACUGUGUGUAGAGCAUAUGUAGUACUCCAACAGAACGGACACAAGGAAGACUUUUCUCCAGAAGCCAAGCUGUUCAAGCUUUCAGUAUUUCACCAUAUAACUGCCUUAUCCGGAGUCUUCCGUAACUCUGUAUGUUAGCAGGAUUCGGGAUACCACGUAGCAUUGCAUACUCCAUACAUAUAAGUUUGCAAGACAGUGAACGUUUGCUCAUAUGCCACGACAAUCAGGUUUAUUUUUAAUUUUGGAAUGUUUUCUUUUACUUGGCUUAUCAAUUUAUGAUGUAACCAAUCAGGAAUAUGUGUUGUGAUCAUGUGAUAUUCCUGAAGCCAAUCAGAAGUAUGCAUUGUGAUCAUGUGAUAUUCCUGAAGCCAUAUUGUUUGAAUGAGUAAUUAGUAUUCAGUGGUGUAAGUAAUCAUUGCUGUAUUACCAUUAUUAAUUAAUUCCACAUUUUUAUGACAUAUCUACAUCUUUUGUAGUGGAUAGGAAGAACAAUAAUAUAGCACAGUUAAAUAGUGCUGAUCACAUGGUUUUAUUUGACCGAUCUAACAUCAUGUAAUCUGAAAUUAGCAUAUAAUGUAAUCAUUUUAUAGAGAUUUAUGAUACAUACAUGCUUGUAUUUAUUGGUGUGGUGGUGGUUUUUUUUCAUUACUAAGCUCAUCUUUAAGCAGACAUUUGUAAAAAGUUCAGUUUAAUUUUUGUUUCAUCAAAUUUUAUUAAGACGAAAUUAGCACAUUACUUGACAUUGGUUAUGUUCAAGCAAACUGAUACUAAUUAAAUGAAGUCACAUGACCUUCAAUGUACAUGUAAUUUGCAUAUUAAUAUGGCUGUUCAAAUGCAACAAAAAGUCUAAUUUUUAACUUACAUGUCUGGAUUCCUUGGCAGAAACGUUCAAUAUUUGUUAUCUGGAAUCAGUUUUAUGAUUUUUAUUUAGUUUUUAAUUGAUUUGGUGAAACCUGCCUAAACUGAACACCAAGUGUGAAUAAAAUUAUGUACAUGUUUUGUUGAAGCAAAGUUAUGAAAAAGGGAUUUGACUGAAAGAGAUUAUUUGUAAACUGGUGAUCUAUCUCGUCCAUAGCAUUUCAAGUAAGCUUUUAAUGAAGUCACAUUUUUUUAUUAUGUAUAUAUAAAGCAAACAAUGACAAACUUACUUGUCCAAUAACAGGGUGCAUUGUUUUCGUUCUUUUCAGUAGUUGUUAAUUUUCCGAAAUUCGGAAGUUUUACUUUGUCUCUAAUCACCAAAAGUCUCAAUUUCUUGUUGUGUUGUAGUGUGAUUGACUGCAUAGAUUGUCUCAUGGCACACUGUUUGGUACUCAGCAACACCAGAUCAUUUGCAUAUCCAUCCAUGCGUGAUACACCAGUGCAUUUUAUGCACAUGAGGGAAAAUGCAAUCAUGAUAAAUUAAGAUGCUGUCUGUGAGUCAAAUUUGCGUUUGUUAGAUUAUCAGUUGAAUACUUCAGAGUUUUUACAAGUUUAUUGUUUUCUGUUUUUCUCAUUCUCCACUGCAACUACCGUACUUGCAUUUAUUUUUAUCAUUAUGAAACUUAUUGGUUACUGUAAGUAAAAUGUUGGUUACCCCAA